AUGUUAGGUGAUAUAUUAUCAUUACAACCUAAUCUAUACAAUUGUACGUUACCAUCAUCAAAAAAAUCUUCAUCAAGAGCAUCAGCAAAAUCGACAACAUUGUCAAAUCGAAAUCGUCGUGAAAUAAUCUAUACACGUACAUUAAAUUUAUUAAAUACACGACAAUGUACAAUACCAUUUGAACUAGCUAUAUCAGAUUCAUCAUUUCUUUCAAUUCAACCAUCAACAUUAACAAGUUUAACGUCACAAUCAAAAGUUAAUGUUCAAUGUAAUUUUCAUUUAUCAUCAGAUUUUAUUGAACGUUUUCGUUCAACAAAUUUAAAUAAAAAUGAAUCAUUAUUAUCUAAAAUUGAAGAAACAAUAACAAUUGAACAUGGACGUCGUAUACAUUGGCAUGAACAAUUAGCUAUUAAAUUUAAACAAAAUGAAAUGGAACAAAUUAUACCAAUUGAUAUUCGUUUAUAUUUUCCAAUAUUAACUGUUAAUUGUGAUCGUAUUGAUUUUGGUACAUGUUUUCUUGAACAAACAAGACAAAAAGAACUUAUUCUUAAAAAUUUAACUUGUUCAUCAUCAGCAUGGUCAAUACGAAAAGUUUAUGCUAAUAUUCCUGAUGCUUAUGAAGCAUUUCGAAUUGAACCAAAAUGUGGUAUAUUAACAACUCAAUUAAAUUCUAAAGAUAAAUCUGUACAACAAGUCAUAUCAAUAUAUUUUACUGCUCAACAUAAUCAAACAUAUGAAUGUCAAUUAUCAAUCGAAGGUCUACUUGGUGAACCACCAAUAUCAAUAUUUUUAACAGGACAAGGUUCAUAUGAUGGAAAAUAUGAAGCAAUUCUUGAUAUUUAA